GGCACUGCGUCGAAGGAUGAAGACUCACCUCUUCACUGGUGGCCUUAUGGUCUUUUCUCUCCUUUCUUAUGCCACAGCAGAUGACCAUCCUUGCGACAGCAACAAUCCUUGUGUCGAAGGCUGUUGCUCUAGCACUGUCAAUCUUUGCGGUUACGGACCCGACUACUGUGGCAAGAACUGCAUCGCGGAAGCUAGUCACCAGGGCUCUUGUGCUCAAAAGUCAGAGUGUGAUCCAGGAUAUUUUCCAGGCUAUGGCACUGUAUGGGCGUUAGGCGGAACUACAAGCGACUUUUGUGGUACAACUAGUGUCACUGAACCAUCCUGCGGCGGUACCUCUUCAGCCAAACGUACUGUUGGAUAUUACGAAGGUUUUAGCCAGAAUCGGGCUUGCGAUGGUAAGACGAUCCAUCCCAUCCCUAUAGGUGGCUACACCCACAUUAACUUUGCUUUCAUCUACAUUGAUCCCAACACCUACAAACUUACGCCGAUGGCAGAAAACCAAGUGGAUCUCUAUAGUCGGACAACUGCUCUGAAACAGCAAGAUUCCAACCUCCAAGUGUGGUUCUCCAUUGGUGGUUGGGACUUCAAUGACCCAGGCGCCACUGCCACUACUUUUUCCAAGCUUGCAGCAUCCACAGCUGCUCAAGCCGCGUUCUUUGAAUCUGUCAAUGAGUAUAUGACAACUUACGGCUUUGAUGGUAUUGACAUCGACUGGGAAUACCCUGUCACAAGUGACCGGAACGGUAGUCCAGAGGACUAUGAAAACUAUGUCACAUUACUUCAAAAUCUUCGACGAUACCUGAGCUCCAAGGGAUCAUAUGGACUUUCCAUUACCAUCCCUAGCUCGUACUGGUAUAUGAAGAACUUUGACAUCGCCAACAUAUCCAAGACGAUUGACUGGUUCAAUAUCAUGACCUAUGAUCUUCAUGGUACAUGGGAUUCUGAUGCAGACCACGUGGGUAAGGUUGUGUACGCGCACACCAAUUUGACUGAGAUCAAGCAAUCAAUGGACUUGCUAUGGAGGAACGACAUUGAUCCCUCAAUGGUGAACUUGGGCCUUGGGUUUUACGGACGAAGUAAGUCUACAGCAGUCAAGUAUUCUUCAGAAGUAGAGAAACUUAUACUCAUAGGCUUUACCUUAUCGGACUCGUCCUGUAAAGAGCCUGGCUGUCCAUUUUCUGGUGGUGGGACAUCUGGCGUGCUCUCCUACACGGAAAUCGAAGACGUACUCAAUGACGCGACACUUGGAGCGGUCAUGACCUUGGACCCAGUAGCAGCCGUCCAAAUCGUCACCUGGAGCGGAGACCAAUGGGUAAGCUUUGAUAACGAAGGGACCUUUGCCAAGAAGCGCGAAUUUGCCAAUUCGCAAUGUCUCGGAGGG